CCUUUCACAAUAAUUUUGUUUUAGCUAGCAAACAUGACCGACGCUAUCCAAAUUGAUGUUACAAAGUUAACACCUUUAUCUCACGAAGUCAUCUCCAAACAAGCUACCAUCAAUAUUGGUACUAUUGGUCACGUAGCGCACGGUAAAUCUACCGUCGUCAAGGCCAUUUCAGGCGUUCAAACUGUUCGUUUCAAGAACGAAAUGGAAAGAAACAUUACCAUCAAGUUGGGUUAUGCUAACGCCAAGAUCUUUAAAUGUGACAACGAAGAAUGUCCUAGACCUGGCUGUUAUAAAUCUUAUGGCUCGGCUAAGGAAGACAAUCCUCCUUGCGAACGUCCUGGUUGUGGUGGUACCAUGCAGCUCGUUCGUCAUAUCAGUUUCGUUGAUUGCCCUGGUCACGAUAUUCUUAUGACUACUAUGUUGUCAGGUGCAGCUGUCAUGGACGCAGCGCUUUUAUUGAUUGCAGGCAACGAAUCUUGUCCACAACCUCAAACCUCUGAACAUCUUGCAGCUAUUGAAAUCAUGAAACUUCAACACGUCAUCAUUCUUCAAAAUAAGGUCGAUCUUGUAAAGAAAGAAGCAGCUAAAGAACAGCAUGAGGAUAUUCUUGCAUUCGUUAAGGGUACCGUUGCUGACGGUGCUCCUAUUGUUCCAAUUUCAGCACAACUCAAGUACAAUAUUGACGCCGUCAAUGAAUAUAUCACUAAAAAGAUUCCUGUUCCAGUCCGUGAUUUCAGUGCUGUUCCUAGAUUAAUUGUUAUUCGUUCUUUCGAUAUCAAUAAGCCUGGUGCUGAUAUUGAGAACCUACAAGGUGGUGUUGCUGGUGGUUCUAUUUUGAAGGGUGUGCUUAAGAUCGGUGACGAAAUUGAAGUACGUCCUGGUGUCAUUAUUAAGGAUCAAGAGGGUAGAAUUCGUGCUCGUCCCAUCUUAUCUAAAAUCUUGACAUUGGCUGCCGAAACAAAUAAAUUACAAUUUGCUGUUCCUGGUGGGCUGAUUGGUGUUGGUACUCAAAUGGAUCCCACUUUAUGUCGUGGCGAUCGUUUAGUUGGUCAAGUGUUAGGCUAUCCUGGUACUUUGCCCUCUAUUUACACAGAACUUGAAAUUUCUUAUUUCUUAUUACGUCGCUUAUUGGGUGUUAAGACUGAUGACAAAAAGCAAGCCAAGGUUGCGAAAUUAACUAAAGGUGAACUACUCUUAGUAAAUAUUGGUUCCGUCUCUACUGGUGGUCGUGUUGUCGGUGUCAAGGCUGAUCUUGCCAAGAUUGUUUUGACUGGUCCCACUUGUACCGAAGUUGGUGAUAAGGUUGCCAUUUCAAGAAAGAUCGAAAGACAUUGGCGUCUUAUUGGUUGGGGUAAGAUUAAGCGUGGUACUGUUCUGGAAGCAGAAGCAAAUUAAAUUAGUAGUAGAUAGUUACAAAUAUACAGCACUUAAUUUUUUGUUGAUAAAGUUAAAAACAGCAAUAAAACACAUACAAUGUAAUUUUACACUUGUCAUAGAAAGGAG